AUGAGCGUCCAUUCGCUCGACUACGCCCAGCCCAACGCAACUCGAUCUGACAUCGAUGUUGAGGCUGGGCGCCAGUCACCCAUCUCCCAAGUUUCUCCGAGAGGGGGCGACACAGAGCCGACAUCGUUUCUCGCAUUCACCUCCUCGGCAACACGAGUGGAGUCCACCGAUACGACGAAACGGCGCGCAAGACGGAAUACCGCACGAUCCUACCACCCCGAGGGAUUUGCACAAGAUCCAAAUUGGCAACCAGGAACUGAGCCGGGUAUUGACCCCAGCAAGCCCCUCCCGCCGUAUACCUCAGAAUGGGCGUCGAAUAUUCCUGCAGAUCUGCAUCGACAGUGCCAGAUAACUGUCGUGGACUUCUCCCAGAAUGAGAUGCGACAAUACGAGCUGGAUAAUGAUACGCUGGCGCCGUUCUUGGAAAGGGAGAGGGAGCCUUGGGUGCAAUGUCGGUGGAUCAAUGUAAAUGGGUUGAGUUGGGAUGUGAUCCAGAUUCUUGGAAACCACAAGAGAUUGCAUCGUCUUGCCAUUGAAGAUUUGGUCCAUACCACCAACCGCACCAAAGCAGACUGGUAUUCCGAUCAUGCGUUCGUGGUGCUGACACUGCAAAAGUUGAUGAAAGUCUACGAAGAAUCCUCUUCCGAUUCCGAAGAUGAAGAAGAGAGGCCGAUCAGUCGCUGGAAGUCCAAGGAUCGAAAAAGCUCUGUGGCCAGCGAGAGGAGUUCUAUCUCUUUGAAGAGGCCAACGAAACGAAGUGUCAUCCUGGCAGCCUUAAAGGAUAUCUUCACCUUCAAAUCAGGCCCACCCCCAGAAGACAAAGAGAAAACAACCUUCGGGUCCAGUGUUCGACCUGGACUCGGGCGACGGACUUCAAAACACAACUCUCAUUUUGGAAACGUUGGGACUGCCUCGGAGACCACUGCCAGAAGUCUGCAGCGAUACCGCGGUGGGCCCAACGAGGAUCGAAUCGAAUUCAUGGAGCGACACGCUGCGCUUACUGGUAAAGGUCUGUGUGUCACUUUGGAGCAGGUUUCGAUCUUCCUACACGCUGACAACACCGUCACAUCCUUCUUCGAAACAAGUGCGGAUGACAUCGAGGCUCCCAUCGUGAGGCGUCUCAUGUCACCCGAGACUAUCCUCCGACAGUCAUGCGAUGCUAGCAUGCUGCUACAGGCUAUUCUCGAUGCGGUGAUUGAUCUGGCAAUCCCGGUCACGAUGGCAUACCAAGAUGCCAUCGGAGACCUCGAGCUAGAGGUCCUCACAGAUCCAGAUAUCGACCAAUCGAAGUCCCUGUACAUUUUGACUUCUGAGAUUGCCGUACUGCGAAAUUCGAUCCAACCCAUCGUGGCAGUGAUGAACGCUCUCCGCGAUCACCGCUCCGAGCCCGUUGGCACUCCGGGAUUCGGCAUCUUGCGCAAUCCACUCAGUCCAGCCGGUACACCUGCGGAACCGGCUGAAACUCGUCCCCAUUUCGGUACUGUCACGCCGAAUCUGAAAAGCCUUGGAGGCUCGAGUGUCACGAUCAGCUCCAUGUGUCAUACAUAUCUGGGUGACGCCCUUGAUCACUGCAUCACUAUCGUUGAGGGAUAUGAUCAGAUGCGGCGCAAUGCUGAUAACAUGAUUGACCUCAUCUUCAACACCAUCGGUGCCUACCAGAAUGAGAGUAUGAAACAACUAACUCUGGGUUACUUUGGAAUGAAUUUCACAGACUUCUCUGGCAUUGAGCACAGUGAUAGUUAUUUUUGGAAAAUUGCGAUUCCAUUCGUCUGUGUCACAACUUUCCUACUGAUGCGUGACAAGAUCCAGCGAUACGCAGUCAUGUUGGCCCAGCGCCGCUUGAUUGUCAGUUCGAGGAAGCAAAGACGCGAGAGAAAGAAGAAAUAA